CUAAAGCCGGUUGUUGCGCUGGAUCGACAUCUUUCUUGCUUGCUUUCCGUCGCCGUUUCCGCCCGGCUCCCCGAUCAACAAACAGGACCACACAAUGCGAAUAUCUUAGCUGCGAAAAUGGGUGCUAGCGACUCGAAGCUCGUCUUCAAAAAGGGCAUCUUUCGGUUGUCCGAGGAACGGCAUAUUCCCCCGGGUGAUGCCUACUGGUCCUCUUUCUGGGAACUGCCCGAAUCACCCGAAGAUAUCUUCAGCCUCUUUACCCCCGCCGAUGUUCGCCGAACUCGCGACAAUGCGCUCGAGAACAUCGAGAGCUUAGUCCAGGCCGUAACGAACCGCCUGUUCAUGCUCCGUCACCACCCCUCCUUUCCCGAUCCCGAAAUAGCUCCCGAUAGAGAAGCCCUCAACUGCAUCCGAGUUCUCACACGCAUUCUCCCCUUCAUUUACGAAAAGGAAUCGUUGCAUCAGUGGGAAGACAAGCUGUUCUGGUCUCCAAGGCGCAAGCCCACGAGGAAGUCGUCCAUCGCCAACGAGAUUCUCUUUGACGGCGGGCAGGACGUGCAGCCCAAGCCUCCCGUAGAGGAGUUUGAGGAUGCGAAGCCACUCGCCGAAGAACUCAUCGACGCCCUGCUCGACUUCUUGUUCUACUCCGACCUCACGGUCCCCAAGGCCCCGCAUGGCAAGCCAAAGGUCACCUACGCCAUUUGGCAGAGCGGCGUGGGAUGCAACACGUCGAUCCCAACCACGAGGGAACACGAGAGUAACCGCUGCGAGAUCCUUCGCCUGCUCUUAACUUUGGCGGGCCAUAGCUUGUACCUCUCGCCGAGCGUAUUGCCGCAGCAAGGGACCAAGGCGCUCACUUACAUGUGCACCAACUCGGACAAGCAGGUGGUACUCUCCGUGCUGUGCUCGCUGUUGAACACGACACUUAAAUACAACCCGGCCAGCUGGCGGGUGCCCUAUAAUGCCCUGGUCUUCAAGGAUCCCAAAGAGAUUCUCGUCACGUACACUCUACAGCUCCUGUUGGCGACCCUGCUCUAUCCCAUCCCAGAGCAAGCUGGUGUUGCGACACCCAAGAACUACUACCGCCACUUCCUCGGCCGGCUGCACCGGCCACAGGACUUCCAGUUUGCCGUGGACGGGAUGACGCGGAUACUGAACCAGCCCCUCCAAACCAACUCGUCAUACAUACCCGGAGCCCACUCCUCUGUGAGGUUUGCCCCCGAGAUAAUAAUGUUGUUUUGGGAGAUUACUCAGUGCAACAAGCGGUUCCGAUCCUUCAUCAUCGACACGGAGAGGGCAUAUGACUUCGUCAUCCUGAUUUUGUUCUAUGCCCUCGAGUACAAGGGGGAUGCCUCGAAGCAGGGCGUGGUGAGGAUGUGUGCUUUCUUGCUGCAGACCCUCAGUGUGGAAAAGAACUUCGGGGUGAACCUGAACAAGCCGUUUGACGCGCAGGAUACGUUGCCCCCUGCCAUCCGCAUUACCGGGUUCAGGGGCACGUACGGGGACUUUCUCCUCCAGUCCAUUUUCGUGCUCAUCACUACGAGCCAGGGAAAGCUGACGGCCAUAUACCCUGCGCUCUUGGCCGUCAUUAACAACAUCGCCGCAUAUCUGGAGGGGCUGAGCGGGCCAACCUGCGCUAGAAUCAUGCAAUUGUUCAACUCAAUGGCUUCCCCGUCCUUCCUUCUAGCCAAUGACAGCAACCACAGCCUUCUGCGGUCAUUGCUGGAGGCCAUCAAUGCCAUCGUUGAGCACCAAUUUGGCAAAAACCCCAACUUCAUCUUUUCCAUUCUGAGGAACAAAAAGCGAUUCGAGGCAUUGCGUUCGCUGACGCUAGAAAGCGGCCAGGAGGAGAUAGAGCGACGCAACCGACGGAGGAAAGACAGCGUAACCUCCCACGACCCACUGGAGCCCAAUUCGACUAGGAGUUCGAUGGAGAGCAUCAUGAGUCCGACGGCACAGCCUUCAAGGGCACCGACACUUGGCGAUGUUCCGGAGGAGGACAAUACCUUCGCGAUCGGUGACGACGAUGACGAAGAUGAUAGCGACGAGGAAGCGCGGCCGACACCGGCAGCCUCAAGCCCGAGUGACAACCCGUCAGCGGCUUCUUCUGUAGCAUCAGCGGCAGACGACGACGUACCGAGACAGCUGCAGGGCAUGUCAGAGAAGGCCCGAGGGAAAAUGCCGGCAGGGGCGGCCAACUUCUCCCGCCAAAAUAGCACCACCAGCCUGGGAAGCCCUGCUGCUGGCCAGUCCAUGUCUGGGCAGUUCGAGCCGUCUGCCCACUGGAUGGACAGCUGGCUGCCCGAGUUACCCCUUCACACGACGCUGACUGUCCUGCAGCAGCUGUCGGUCCUGGUCCCCCGCCAGGCUUUGGCAUCGGACGCGCCCUCGCCUGCCACGAUCGCUAAGAUUCGCGAGGUGCAUCUCGUUGGAGUCGAGCCGUCGCCGGUCCGGGUGCACUCGUUUGAGUGGUCGCCGCUGGCGCUCGGAUGGUACGAGUCACUGCUCUGGGGCUUUAUAUUUGCUAGCGAGAUGCAAGUGUCAAAGGGAACCGUGGGUGUGUGGAACUCAACGCAGAUCAAGCUGUUCCGGGUCCAAGAGACGGCGGCGCAAGGCCCAACGUUCACCUCGCCUCGCGGUGCCGUGGAUGCGGUGGGCAGUAAUAUUGUAUCGCGGAUUGGAUCAAUCAAUCUGCGAGGUGUCGGAAACCCAUCCGCGCCAACACUUGGGAAUGGGCAGCCUCCUGCACGAGGCACAUAGAUGGCCCGUGGCGCCGAGGGGGCAGAGGAAUGAGACCAAACAUACCGGUCGUCGGGGGUAGGCGCACAGCCUCGGGGGUGGUCUUUUACGGGCACGAACAUGUGGAUACGGGAACAACGAGCGAUCGAGUGUUGGAUGGUAACACAGCUACACGGCCUAGAGGGCGACGGGAUUAGUGACUUACUUUUCUGGGAAUCAGAGUUAUCAAGUAUUUCUCCGCCCGCCCAGAGCGGACACCUGGAUUGCUGCCGCGUAA